AUGGCUAGUCCUGUCCCUUUCCAACUUCUUGUGGGACCAACAAUCUUCUAUGGGACUUCGAUUAUCGAUUCGACCAAAAACAAAACAAUCUUCAAAGGGACCCACAUUUUGCCACGUUGCAAUGUUUCAUCUCUCUACCCGUGUGUGGGAAUUAUUAGAGGAAUUUUGCAGUGUCCUUGUCGGAAUAGGGGACUGUGGAGUAGAAUUAUGGGCUGCAUCUGCUCAAAGGCAACUUUAUCCAAUCAAUACGUUUCUGAGAAUCAACGUAGAGACAAGGAAUUAAAGUCAAGCAAGUCAUCAAAACUGUCAGAAGCUGCAGUUGGGGCUGAUGCGACUGCACGGUUGAUAACCAAUCCUCACACAGAAGAGAAUGCAGGGUCAACUCCUAUUUCAUCGGAUGAAGGGGAGAAGAAGAUGGUGGUUACUGAGAAACCCACAAAACCCUUCAUGGAGGGUGGGGCGAGUGGGGGAAAGUUACCAUCCGGGCUAACUAGGAUAACUAGCGUAUCAAAUGGAGAAAGAGGAGCGCAAGUUGUUGCUGGAUGGCCUUCUUGGCUGACUGCAGUGGCAGGUGAAGCAAUCAGUGGGUGGGUGCCUCUCAAGGCAGACUCAUUUGAGAAAUUGGAGAAGAUUGGACAAGGAACUUACAGCAGUGUGUACAGAGCCCGUGAUCUGGAUUCAAACAAAAUAGUUGCACUGAAGAAGGUGCGAUUUGCCAAUAUGGAUCCGGAAAGUGUGCGUUUUAUGGCGAGAGAAAUUCUUAUUUUGCGUAAGCUUGAUCACCCCAAUAUCAUGAAGCUUGAAGGUCUGAUUACAUCAAGGGUUUCGGGCAGCUUAUACCUUGUAUUUGAAUACAUGGAGCAUGAUCUUGCUGGGAUUGCAGCACGGCCCGGGGUCAAGUUCACUGAAGCACAGAUUAAAUGUUACAUGCAACAGCUUCUUCAUGGGCUUGAGCAUUGUCACAGUCAUGGUAUUUUGCACCGUGACAUUAAGGGAUCAAAUCUUUUGAUUGAUUAUUAUGGCAACCUAAAGAUUGCUGACUUUGGGCUAGCAACCUUUUACCGACCCCGUCAAAAGCAGCCCCUGACAAGUCGGGUAGUAACCUUGUGGUACCGACCACCUGAACUUCUGCUUGGCUCUACAGAUUAUGGGGUUGCUGUGGAUUUGUGGAGUGCUGGUUGUAUUCUUGCAGAAUUGUUUGCUGGGAAGCCUAUCAUGCCAGGAAGAACAGAGGUGGAGCAACUACAUAAGAUAUUCAAACUUUGUGGGUCACCUUCUGAAGAAUACUGGAAGAGAUCAAAAUUGCCGCAUGCAACUAUUUUUAAACCAACGCAUCCAUACAAGCGUUGUGUUGCUGAGACAUUCAAGGACUUCCCUCCGUCAGCAUUGGCCCUGCUAGAGGUUCUUCUAGCAGUAGAACCUGAAAGUCGUGGAACAGCUUCUUCUGCACUUCACAGUGAGUUCUUCACAUCAUUGCCUCUUCCCUCUGAUCCCUCAACUUUGCCUAAGUACCCACCUAGCAAGGAGUUUGAUGCCAAGCUCCGAGACGAGGAAGCUAGAAGGCGAAGAGCACCUGGUAGUAAAGGAGGGAGUUCCAAAGAAUCAAAGGCUGUGCCAGCACCAGAUGCCAAUGCAAUACAGCGACAAGGGCAGCCUAACCCCAAAAGCAUAAGUGAAAAGUACAACCCUGAUGAGGAUAGUGGCUCUGGCUUUCCUAUUGAGCCUCCCAAAGGAGCAACAUCAAAUGGCUAUUCCCAUUCUGGCCAGUCAAUGCACCCAAGUGCAUUUGGAUCUUCACGGAAUAUGUCGCAAUCUGGCCAGUCUAGGAAUGGUGCGGAGAAGUCCUAUAUGUAUCGUGGGGCAGCCCAGUCGUCCAGGUUUUCCAAUUCAGCUUCGGUUCGAAGUGAUUCACGAUACGAUGGUGUUGUAGAAGCUAGUGCAAAUCCACACUGGCCAGAGGAGCGUAAUAAUGCCAGAUAUAGUCAUUUAGACAACGGGGAUUCCUCUGCAAAACAUGAUUGGUCCCACAAUCUUCUGGAUAGGCCAAAGUCUUCACAUAAGAAGGAUGAACAGCCAUCAGGGAAGGAGUCUGCAAUGGGUUAUGCUACCAAGAAGAACCGGAUCCACUACUCUGGACCGUUGAUGCCCCCUGGAGGAAACCUUGAGGAGAUGCUCAAAGAGCAUGAGAGACAAAUACAACAUGCUGUCCGCAAAGCUCGCCUGGACAAGAACAAACCCAAGAAAGCCAACAGUGAAAAUGGACAAACCGAAUCCCUGCUUCACCAUGUAAGAAAUGGCAGGUGA